GUUUCAACUUUUUGUGCUCUUCCUCUGCAUCUAAAUUUCUACACCUAUCUGACCCAGGCUCUUUACGCUUGUGUUACUCUGAAAUUAUCACUAUUGGAAGGGAACAAAUCUUUUUUUUUUUUUGGUCACUGAAAUGUUGCACCUCAAGUAUGUUAUUAUUAUUUUGCUAAGAGUACAAGUCCCGAGUUUGAUUCUUUGGGCUGAAUGAGCAUCCAUGACUUUACUAGAUAUUGCCAGCGCUCAACCUUCAUUGCAGAGUCCAGUGAGGGUUCAAAUCCUUAUUCAUGGUCAACUCUCAACUAAUACAUGGAAAUUGCCUACAAGAGUAAAUUUUCACGUGGGGCAACUGGAGAAUCCAAGUGGAAGACUGCAGAUUAGAGCUGUUGCUACCCUUGAACCCAAGUGCUCAGUUCCAAAAGAAGAUGAACACAAGAAGUCACAGCUUGGUGGUGGUUCGACUCCUUCGUCAACUCAGCUUGAAUCCUUCAUUCCCGGGGACUCAGAUGAAGAACUGGAUGACAGAGAAAAGUUAAGACGGAGGAGAAUUUCUAAAGCAAAUAAAGGAAACACACCAUGGAACAAAGGCAGGAAGCACAGUACCGAGACACUUCUGCGGAUAAGGGAGAGAACAAGGCUUGCUAUGCAGAAUCCUAAGGUUAGAAUGAAGUUGGUUAACCUUGGACAUGCUCAGAGCCAAGAGACGAGAGAAAGAAUUGCAACAGGAGUAAGGAUGGGAUGGGAAAGGCGCCGUGAGAAGUUAAUGGUGCAGGAAACUUGCCACUUUGAGUGGAUGGACUUGAUUGCUGAAGCUUCCAGAAAAGGCUAUAUUGGUGAGGAAGUGCUGCAGUGGGAUUCGUACAAGAUGCUAGAUGAGCAGUUGACAAAGGAAUGGCUGGAGAGCGUCGAACAAAGGAAAACGAUGCCUAGACCAAAAGGUAGCAGGAGAGCACCAAAUCACCUGAACAAAGAAGGAAAAUUGCUGAAGCCAUUGCAGCCAAAUGGGCCGAUCCUGAAUACUGUGAGAGAGUUUGCUCUGGCUUGAUGAAAUAUCAUGGCAUAUCAGAAGGGGCUCAAAGAAAACCAAAGAGGAAGCCAACGACUAGUAUACAGUCUAAGCAGAGCCCUUCCAAGAUGAAAGCUAAUGAAACCAGCUUUUGUUCUACUAGUAAGAAUAUAACCCCA